AUGACUGGAGCUCCUUUCACACUUUACACCCACGCCGGCCCCGGCCCUAACCCCGUCAAGGUGGCCAUUGCCCUUGAGCACCUUGGUCUCUCAUAUGACUGUGUGCCUCUGGGCUUUGGUGAAGGUAAGGGUACCGUAAAGGAUCUUGAAUACACCUCCAAGGUCAACCCCAACGGCCGUGUUCCUGGUCUCAUUGACCACGGUAACAAUGAUUUCACUGUAUUCGAGAGCGCCGCUAUCCUGUCCUACCUGGCAGAGAAAUAUGACCCAUCCGGAAGCUUGGCUGGCAAAACCGCCGAAGAUCGUGCUGCUGUCAAUCAGUGGCUCGCAUGGCAGGUGUCUGGCCUUGGUCCAUAUCAGGGCCAGCUGGUCUGGUUCCUCGCCUUCCACGAAGGUGCUCACGGCGAGAAGCCCAACCAAAGUGUCAUAGUUCGCUACCAGAAUGAGGUGGAGCGCUUACGAGCUGUUCUCGAGGGCCACUUGGCCUCGGCUAAGAAUGGCUUCGUUGCCCUCGGCCGUCUGACAAUUGCGGAUUUUGCUAUCUUGCCUUGGUUGAAGCUUUCGGGCCUGGCAGGACCAGCCCUCAAGCCCUUUGAGGAGUACCCUGCUAUCAAUGCUUACAUCAAGAAGCUGGAUGCUUUGCCUGAGGUGCAGACUGCGUACAAAAAGGCUGUUCCUCCCCUGUAA